GUUAAGAAACUUUCUCUUCCUGACCCAGACUUUCACUGUUUCUUUCUCCCAUUGUGAGUUGCCGGGCACAAGGGUUGGUACUAUUGUCAUCGCUACCGCUACCGCACAACGACGCUUGACACAAGUUACUGUGAUCCGUCAAGGUCGCGUCACCGCUCGAAAGGAGAAUGCUGUGGACGUUGGACAAGGGCGUGCGGGUAGCUUUCUGGGGUGGAGUGAGUGCCCUGGUGGCCUCCCUCCUGGACAUCCUCGGCCUAGCCUCCUGCCACCUCGCCUUCCCCGCCGUUUGGCUCAUCACCGCAGCAACCUACCUGUACAGGGCCAGCCUCAUGGUGUCGCCGCCAGGCAAGUCUGUGGUGGUAACGGGUUGCGACUCCGGCUUCGGUCACGCCCUUGCCCUCCACCUCCACAAACUGGGCUUCAGGGUGUUCGCGGGUUGUUUGGACGCCAACGGGGAGGGCGCUGCAGCCUUGAAGCGCCAUGGCUCGGCUCGCCUUGUGGUGCUGCAGAUGGACGUGACAGAUCAGGAACAGCUAGCAAAGGCCGCACAAGAGGUGAAGAAGCUGCUGCCAGAGGGAGAGGGCUUGUGGGGGCUAGUGAACAACGCGGGACUCUGCACGCUGGGCCCCAUUGAGUGGCUGCCGAUGAAGAACUUCAGGAAAGAUCCAGAAGUGAACGUGUUCGGACUCAUAGCCGCCACCAAGACCUUCCUACCCCUCGUGCGGCGCGGCAAAGGACGAGUGGUGAGCGUUGCCAGCGUUGCGGGACGAGUGACUGCCGCCUACUUGUCUGCUUACUGUGCCUCCAAGUACGCGGUGGAGGGCUUCAAUGACGUCCUCAGGUGAGUGGUGAUUUAUAGAGGGUCUUAAAAAUUUA